AUGGGUUUCGGAGACAUUUCCACAGUGGCAUCUCAUACAAUGAGAGGCCAGCAUCUAAUGAAAGUGUUGUCUAGAUUUUGUAGUAAAUCGGAUAGGCCUCUUGCCAAGCUAUGCAGUUAUCUGACAUGUUUACUGCAGAGACCGCCUCAAACACUCGACGAAAUGCUUGCGUUCUAUCACAGUCUUCUCAACGGGUGGGAAGGCAGUGGUGAACACAGGCAAGAGGCCUUUCAAGCAGCUGUUGAAAACGCUUAUUUCUGCCGCCAGUACAAUAAGUUUAACCCUAAAUUCAUAUGCGACAGCGCUACGCAUAAGGCUGACAACCAUCCACAUGGCGAUAUUUCUUCGAUAAUAAAUUGCAAUGAGAAAUCAUCGCCAGUCUCUCCCUGCGGUUCAUACAUACACCCCCUUAGCUAUAAUACGCGCUGCAUAUAUUCUAAGGAACACGCUGAAAAAUACCUCUCAUGGAUUGUCUACCUGACCGAGACAUUCUAUGAUUACCUCUGUAGGCUAUUGUCGAAAUGUGAAGAAAAUUGCGGUACGAAUGAAUCAAAGUGCCGUAUUGAAGGGUGCGCAAAUGACUGCCAAAUGUUGAAAUCGUCGACGCACUCGUCAUCUUGCCGGUCAAUAAUUCAAUGCCCUCACACCCUUCCUGCAUUUUACACAGAAGGGAUAGUAUUUGGCAAUGGUACGAAAAUCGGAGGUCGACUCGGAAAGCAUUUGAAACGAACAUGUGGAGAUUUCAUCGAGCAACUGAAAAAAGUAUGCGGCGGCAAAUCACUAAUCGCCAAGUUAAUACAUGAAACAAUACCCGAAUAUAUAUGGACUAUACGACAACCCUUCUCCUACCUCUUAUUAUCCCUCUGGUCCCUCUCUUUGCUCUACCUGCUGCACAUCGCCGUCGUCCGCCUCGACGUCCUGAGGAUACGCUCCCACCUGAGAUCACCCUCAAGCCACCGCAUCGCCGCGCAGUCCCUCCUCGCCGCCGCACGCGUUGGGAAAAUAGCCAACGUCAAGGGGAAAGCCUUGAAGGAUAUUGAUACCCGCCGCAUCUCUCUUGGUAAGCUUGCCGGACAGCUUUCGGGUUUUAUUGGUGGGAGUGGAGAAGUUAAAGAUGCACUUGUAAAUGGUUUGCAAAGUAAUGUAAAUCAGCUUGAAAAGCUUUUAAAAACAUCUUGCGGAGGUGAGGGGUGUUGUAAGGAUGCUGGUGAGGCAAUUAAUAACCUUAAUGAAUUCAAUGAGAAGCUUAAAAAACACCUUAAAGAUGAAACAAAAACCUCUAAAAAACUUGUUGACAUCCUUUCUGCGUGCAAUUUAAAUGUCCAUGAUGAUCCCUUCAAUAAGCUUCAAGAGCCAAUUAACCAAAAAAUUCAGGAGCUUAAUCAAAGAAUUGAAGAGCUUAAAAGGCUUAAUAAUGAUGAUAAUAAAAGUAAAAAUGCCUCUGAAAUUGACAAGCUUAAUAAGGAUCUUCAGUCUCAUAAUGCUUCCAAGAAGUCUCUUGAGACACUGAAAGGGCUUUGUGAAUAUGCUGAGAAAAUUCCAAAAAAUAAUGUUACCGAUCAAAGUUGUAAAAAACUUUUAGAGAGUCUUUGCACAGGCCUCGAAAAAUUUCUCGGCUACCAGGAUGGUAAUUACACCGGAGAGGGCAUCGUGUACUCGGACCUUGACAGGCUCUGCGACGGGGUGAUGGCGUUCUUGCACGGGGUGUUGGAGAGUGUAAAAGAUGAUGAUAACGUUACAACUUAUGAUAAUAAUGAUCCUAAAAUUAAUGAUGUUAUUAACACUCUUAACACUUCUGUAGGUAAAGGCCGUAAGGCCUUCCAGGCCGCCGUGUCUGAGGUAAGUGGGUGGUUGAAAAAACAUGCGGUGCAGGUGGAGACAUUGACUGGAAGAGUUACUGCGGAAUUAGGUAAGUUAAUUACUAAAUUAUCAUCUGGUGCAGGUGGAAAUGAAAAUGCGUUUUAUCAAGCCGUGGAGAGGGAAGCCGAGCAGCCACUUGCCCAGCAACUGGCGGCGUGGAGGGGGACACUUAGUAGCAUUUCUAGCGCACUUAGAGACAGUGUACAAAUAGAAAUUGAUAAAUUAGAUAGCGCACUUAGAGGUAGAAUAGAAGUAGAAAUGAAGCCCGUUAGCACGGCAGUUAAGAUGUUGACUGAUUCUGCCAAUGAUGAGGUCUUCAGGCUGCAGGUUACAGGCGUGGAUCAGAUGCUGGUUGAACAGCGGGAACGCUGUGAGAAGAGCAUAAUAGAGGAAUGUGAAGUGCUUCAAAUGUGGCUAGAUGAUGGAUUCGGAAAGAUCUGGAAAGGUAUUACCAGAAUGAACGAUAAGAGGAAUGAGCAGUUUGCCCAUAUUAGGAAUGCAGUGAAUCCCGCGAAGCUGCAUAUAAAUAAUUUAUUAGCGAAGUUUGACGGAACGUAUAAGUAUGAGAUCGGCAAUCGACUUAACGAAAUAGCGUCUAAACUUAGAGAUGUUAAUAAAGAUGAGUAUGCAGUUGGCGCGAAAGAUGGCAAGUCGCGACUUAACCAGGAAGUUAAUUCACUGACCAAUAAGGUUAUUGAGUUGGAACGUGUAUAUCAUGCGGAGUUGAAAAAUAUUAAAGCAAAGGUGGAUGGAUUGGUUGAUUUAACUAAGACGCAAGUGAAUAAAUUUACUGACAAGAUUAAAGAAGACUUGAAGAAACUCAGGGAUACGACAGUUAAUGAUGCGAUUCAAGGUUUAUUUUCGAAGUUAAAGACUGACGUUGAGACAAUCGGACAGGCUUCAUCGGCAAGUGGUGGUGCAAAUGACCGUCUAAAUAACGUUAAGAUUGAAUCCCUCAAAAAGUUGGCUCAAGCUGCCCAGCAAAAAACGCUACAAUUCGAGGACACCGACCAAUUCACAACACCCAUGGAUCUCGAUAAUUUGAAGGAAUGUUUCAAAGCAAUGGAAGCUAAAUUUACUAUUACAGGUAGUCCGAAUAACAGCGCUGCAACGUUUGCCGAUACGAUUAUAUCCGGCAUUAACGACUCGGUGAGAGAAGCCUUGAAGGAUAUUGACGGUGAGAAAAGUACGACGUUUGGAACGCACAUGAAAAAUUACGUAGACCACAAAUUAUUUCAAGUUAAUAACAAAUGGUCUCAUAUUAAACAAGCCUUUGGCGAAACGCUAAAGGCGUUCGAUACAGGUGGCUAUCAGGUAGUAACCUCUGCGAUUAAUGGCUACGCCGUGGCCAAUAAAGCCAUUAUGGACGUCAUAAAGUCUGCUCUUGACAUAAUAACGACGCUUGAAAAGACUCCGCAAUUUGCUGUGGAAAAGAAGGCAGACAUAGAUGAACUCAUGGUGAAAUUGAAAAAUGACAUUGAAGGUGUUCGCGAUCGGAUUAAUUACAUUGAUCAAAUAGUUAAGGAAACCGCUGAUGCAUUGACAAUGGUCAUCAGUGAACUAGUUAACGCGUACAAUGAAGCUCGUAAAAACGCCCGCAAUGCGCUAUCCAACCUCCAAAAAAAGCUCCUUGAUGAAGUAAAAAAAGCCUUCGAAAAAGUCACCACCGAAAUCCAAAAACUUUUCUGCAAACAACAUGAAGCGGACAUAACAGCCCUGCACAAAUUAGUAACCGAGCAAAAAUCCGCCAUUGGGAAUAUCAUGGAUAUCGACUCGGCAAACGGCGUUAAAGGUUUGCUUGCAAGGUUGAAAAUUAACCAUGAAACACUUUAUCAGAUCCCCGUUCAAAACGACACGAAAGAGGCGGCGAAAUAUGUAAAGCAUUAUUGUGAUCCACUUAUGAAGUACAUCAAAGAUCAAUCCAUGACUCCAGUCCCACCUUCAGGUAAGGAGGAAAACGACAUGUCCUAUGCAGUCAACAAAAUCCACGACCAUCUCACCACAUUACUCACCCACCUGACAAAUAACGACAACCGUAAAUAUAGUUUCGACCAUGACUUCAUAAAAUUACAUGAUUCAAUUACCAACGCACUUAACCAUUUCGCCCCUUCCAAGCUCUCUGGCAUUUUCAACGCUCAGUUGAUUGACGCCUUGAGAGCCGGGUUGACAGAUUUCUGCUCACAACUUGGCCAUGCGUAUGUUAACGAAUAUUCGGGGCUGACCGUUGAUUGGACGAAGACAAUUAAUAAUAAACCUGAGUUGACUGAUGAUGCCGACCGUUGCGCUAUGCUUUUUCUCACCUGCUUGUCAACUUUGUUUGAAAACCUUAGUACGCUGAUAAAUCAUUGCGGGAAUGCGUGCAUAUCUGAUCAAAUUGAUUCGAAUACAAAACUCGGCAAAUGGUUCCAUAAGUGUGGCUUCCGUGUUUCCACGGGUGACGCAAAUCGGGACGGUGAGUUGAGGAAUAAUGCCGAAUGCAAGGGGCGUCACAUCAUACCUCUCAUCACUGACGGUAAGGUCUUCAACAAAUAUUAUGCCGGAACUUUAAAAAACAUUUAUACUUACUUACAGACCUAUUUACGUGUCUGCCAUCUCACUAUCCGCCCCAAGCCCAAAUCACCGUGUAAUGUCUACGAAAUGCUGUGUUGGUUCACUGGCCUCACUCACAAUGCAAUAUACCAGCAGUUGUCAUUCGACGCUUUCAGUGACUUGUUUGAUAAGCCGGAAAAUGCAGGAGACAAUAGCCAUGUGGUAGACGGUAUAUCAUUUGAAUACCAAACUGCGAAAUCGUUGCAGGCGUAUCCACAAACUAUCACUGCUGCAAAACUGACGGACGCACUUACGGAAGUAUGCCACUACGCCGAAGAAAUGUUGAUCACUGUGCUCGGCACUGGUGACGCAUUGACCACCUACGCCGUUGAAUUUUCAAACAACUCACAUAACUUGUAUUAUCCUUCUAGGAGUGAGGAGUGUCUUCACAUGGUGAUAUACAUUCUUCGAAAGUUGUUGCAACCACUGAGAUUUUUGAAAAAGCAGUGCAACCUGGAGACUAAAUAUUACGGUUGGCUGCAGUGUAGUUACGGCAGUGGCGUUCAGACAGCGUGUUGGCAGUGCGGCCAACAUUCCAGUAUUUAUCCACCAUCCGACCACGCAUGUUCCGGUACAUCGCCUCUUCACCUGUACCUAACUGACAGCCUAAGAGGCAUGUUGCCUCAUCAACUAACCAGUGUGGGAUGUAAAUCAUCGUGCAACACGUGUAGUAAAGGGCAGCCUGGAAUGCCCUGUUUAACGCCACUCGGCUUCAGAGGUUUCUCUGGAAGCAAAAGGUCAGGCAAAGACCUAUGUAAUGUGCUGACCAAAUUCCUAAGUAACGACUAUGUUACAUGCCUUCUCACAGUGGUCCCCAAACCUCCAAGUACGUUGCCCGAACACUUCGCUUUCGCUUGCUCCUUGGUUACGGCCAUUAACGCGCCAUCGUCACCAAAACAUAGUAACCAUAGAAUAUUUGCAGAUGCUUUCGCAAAAUCUGCAUCCGAACAGUCUAUUGAUUUAUAUAAAAACCCAUCGGACUUGACUAAUGCUCUUGCUAGUGCGUAUGGUAGCAGCGUGAGCGACCACGGCGCCAAGAGUCAUGUUGGUGUCUAUGCUGAGAUGUCAGCCCUUUCGAAAACUAUACCAUGCUCCGAUCAAGAUGUUCACUGCGCCCCCUUUAUCGAGUGCCUUUCUGCAGAGUCCUAUAAAUACGUGGCCCAGAAACACACGAAGCUUUACCUAUCGUGGGCUAUAUACCUUCCAUGGAACUUAUGGGAUUAUCUUCGUUCUUUACUUGACGCCUUUCAAAGCAUUGACUGCAGAAGCUUUGGUUGUCCAGGAUGUUCGUGUAAACCAGCAUCACAUGGAUCUAAACACAAGUGUAGUUGCAGGGCUAUAGUAUGUUGCCGCGCUGUGUUGCCAACGUUUUACCAAUAUGGGUUUACAUUCAAGGAUCCUAAAACCUUGCUGGAUGGUACGAACAGGAAAAUUUGCAACCACUUCUACACGCAAUUAGAAAUGGUUAUCAAAUCAGAAUAUUUUGAUAAAUUAUUCAAAUCAUGCGACAAUUUCCUGAAAGAAAUCAGAUGGCCGUUUAUACUAACGUUGUUAGCCCUCUGGUCGCUCUCGCUCCUGUACCUGCUGCACAUCGCCGUCGUCCGCCUCGACGUCCUGAGGAUACGCUCCCACCUGAGAUCGCCCUCAAGCCACCGCAUCGCCGCGCAGUCGCUCCUCGCCGCCGCACGCGUCAAGGCACUCGCAAACGUCAAGUACUUCUCACCAUAA